AUGGCUGCAGCACCAACAAGAGCAAUGCGAGCAUGGCUCUACUCCAGCGCAGCAGGCGGUCUACACAAGAACCUGACGCUCUCAUCCACAGCGGCCCACCCCCGCCCACAAACACCGCCCAGCCUCUCCAAGGACGAGCUGCUGGUCCGGGUCCGGGCCGCCGGCCUCAACCCGAUCGACUACAAGAUCCCAGAGCUGCCGUUCUCCAUGUCCCGUGCCAUGAUAUCGGUACCGGCCAGCCCCGCGAUGGACUUUGCAGGCACUGUCGUCGCCCACGGCGCCGGCGUCGAGUUCCCAGUCAAGGUCGGCGACUCGGUCUUUGGGCGCCUCGACCCGGGCCGCUUCGGCGCGCUGGGCGAGUUCGUCGUCGCCAGGUCGGCCGGGUGCGCGGGUCUCCCCGCCGGCGUGAGCCCUGAGCACGCGAGCGCCGUCGGCUCGGUUGGCCUGGCGGCUUUUGCUAGCAUCGUGCCCCACGUCCCAAAAGGCGCCCCGUUCCGCGUCUUCAUCAACGGCGGCAGCGGUGGCACUGGCACGAUCGGGAUCCAGAUCGCCAAGCUCUUGGGCUGCCAUGUCACCACUUCGUGCUCUGCGCGGAACGUCGAGCUGUGCAGGAGCCUUGGGGCGGACGAGGUGCUGGACUAUACUCAGGGUGACCUGGUCGCCGCGCUAAAGGCAAAGGGUCAGGUUUUUGAUCUCGUCGUCGAUAACAUUGGCUCACCCAGCGACCUAUACUCGGCUUGCGGCGAGUUCGUGGUGCCGGACGGCCAGUUUGUGCAGGUUGGCAUGGGCAUGUCUAUGGCCAACAUGAGGCUCAUGACGUCGCGCAUGUUGCUUCCUUCUUUUCUGGGUGGUGGGUCUAGGAAAUUCUCCCUGGCGGUUGCGAAGAACAAGCACCAAGAUCUCGCCUGUCUCGGGGAGUGGAUCGCAGCCGGCAAGAUCAAGGUUGAGGUGGACGAGGUGUUUGAUUUUGGGGAUGCACCUAAGGCUUACGAAAAGCUCAGGACGGGAAGGGCAAGGGGCAAGAUCAUCGUGAAAGGUGCACCGUGA